AUGAGUGAUGAAAAAACUGAGAAAAUAAAUAAUUUCGAUUUUACUAGUAUAUACCCGGAUUGUAGAAAUGAUUUUAAUAAUUAUAAUAGGAGUUCUUUGCAUGCAUCUUUAUAUAGUGGCUAUUCGGCGGUAUGCAAUAAUUUUCGUUUGAAUAUAGGUGUUCAUGGAUAUGGACAGGUAUUUCAAGAAAAUUUUUGUUUACCACUUUGUUAUUAUUUAAAUUAUAUAAAAGAAAGUAAUUCAAAAUCGGACUUUAAUGUCGAUGCAAGCUGUAAAUAUUUCUAUUACAAGCUAAAAGAUCUAGUGAAAAAAUAUAGGGGGACAUGUGAUGAAAGGGGAAAUUGUUACGUUAUUUUGAGACUACCGAGGAAAAAUGCAACUCUAAUAAAUGUUCCGGACAUAUGUAUGAAAGUUGUUGAGGAUAUUAGUAUUAUUGAAGAAAAUUUAUAUAAUGUAUUUUAUCAUUUGGAUGGAUUAUAUACUGCUAUUCAUAGAUGUAAUAAAAAUCCCCGUUUAUGUAAAUGGGACGGUAAAACAUGCAAAAAUGCUAUUGAAAAUUUAAAAACAUGUGAAUUUAAAAAUAAUAGAAGUUUUAAUGAAUUAAUUACAAAAUUUGAAAAUCAAUAUAAUUCAUUAUGUUCUGAGCCAGAACAUAAAUCUGUAAAGGAAAAACGUACGCCUCAGGAAAUAUCAAUAAUAGAAAAAAAUUCAGAAGCAAGUGAAAAUGCAAGAACCCAAGCAAUCAAAGAUAAAUAUACAAGUGCAAUGAUCGGUACAUUCACAGACACAGGGACAGGAAUGGUUGUUUUGCCAUUUAUAAUAUUUAUAAUUGUAUUCGUGCUUUUUAAAUACACUUCCUAUGGUUCAUAUAUACAACUAGGUGUGAAGAAUUUAAGAAGUGCGUUAAAAAAAAAAAAUAAAAACCAUAGUGACUUAAUAGACUCAUUUGAAAAGACAUACAAAAAUUCAGUAGAUAAGAAAUAUAAAGUAGCUUAUGCCUCUCAGUAUUAUUAG